AUGGAGUCUAGAGGCAUUCCGGACCCUCACGGUAAGGCGGAGAUCGGUGUCAAUGGGUGGCUGAUUGGGUUCUCGACUAUAUUCUACGCGAUUAGAAUUUUCGUUCGCAUAUCGAUCACGAAAUCCCUCGGCCUCGACGACGCGCUCGCGGGUAUUGCCUAUAUGCUGCUUGUCGUGCAAUCUGGGAUGGAUAUUAAUGCUGAGUUCCUUGGUAGGGACAUACAAUUGGGCACUGCAUCGGAGGAAGUCAAGGCCGGAUUCUUCGAGUCGUUGACGGUUCAGACACUCGUCUACUUUUGGACCGUUGCUAUUGUGAGGUUUGCAAUUCUUGCUUUCUUGCCUCGAAUUAUCCGAGAUAGGAAUAUCAGCAUAAUCUCAUGGGCUGCUGCGUUAGUAAUUCUCGCUCAAACAAUGGGCGCUUUUUUAUACAGAAUCUUCGAGUGUGACCCGAUUUCGGAUAUCACCAAGUCUCCGACGACGAAAGGGCUUAAUUGUGUCGACCCCAAUAUCCAUAACAGUAUGAUGGUAGCACACGGCAUAGUGGGCGUUGUUAUAGACGCAGUUCUCCUUAUACUGCCUAUCUGGAUGAUAUGUACCAAUAUGUUGUGGUCCAAGAAGAUGAUUCAGAUUAUAUUGGUUUUUAGUGUCGGACUGUCCGCGGUAGUUAUAGGGGCUGUGCGUGUGGUCAUAAUAUCGAAGCUGGACUUCUCUAAAGCUACAACUUAUAAUAUUCCCUCCCUAGGAAUCUGGACAAACCUCGAGAGCCAUAUCGGCUUAUGGUGCGGCUGCUUCCCUGCUUUACAGGCAGUCUUGCGAAUUGGGCGUUUUGCGUCCAACAGAUUUAAUGUUGUCAGUACGGCAAGCAGAAACGGUAAUCAGAGCGGAAGGUUAACUGGAAGUAAUGGGGUGAAUAAAGUCUAUGGAAGAGAGGGGGAGAGUCGUACCGCGGUGGACAGUGAAAGCCAAUGUGCGAUCGUAUUAUUAGAAAUGGAUAAAUUGAAGAUGACAACACGAGAUGGAGAUGCAUCUAUUGUAUGA